CAAAUGAUCCAUAAUGAACCAAAACAAGAUUGAAUAAAUCAUGGAAAUCUUGAUUUUGGAAUUUUAAUUUUUCUGAUAUUUUUGGGAUUGGAAUGAAUAUGAACGAAAAUGGUGAUGAAGAUGAAGAAAAGGAAAGAAGACCAAAAUAUCAAAUAAUUAAAAUUAAAAAAUUAAUAAAAUUUACGGUAAAAAAUUUAUUUUAUUAGAUCAUGUGACUUUGUAAAGUUUGAGUUUCGUUUAAUCUAACACAAUUUGCAACAGAUAUUGUAAUUCAAUUUCAAGGGAGUAGGGUUGUGGUGAAAUGGGUUGGAAAGCAGCUGAGAAACUGAUUAGGCAUUGGAAAGUUGUGAGAGGGGAUAAUGUUAUGAUUACAAGGGGCAAAGAUAAGGGCGAGACCGGAGUUAUUAAGCGCGUUGUUCGCUCUCAGAAUCGUGUUAUUGUUGAAGGCAAAAAUCUGGUAAAGAAGCAUAUCAAGCAAGGACAAGGUCAUGAAGGGGGUAUCUUUACGGUUGAAGCCCCACUUCAUGCCUCCAAUGUGCAAGUUCUUGAUCCAGUCACAGGGAAGCCUUGCAAGGUUGGAACUAAGUAUCUUGAAGAUGGUACCAAAGUCAGAGUGUCCAGGGGAAUAGGAGCUUCCGGCUCCAUUAUUCCUCGUCCUGAGAUCUUAAAGAUUAGAACUACACCAAGACCUUCUGUCGCUGGUCCCAAGGAUACUCCAAUGGAGCAUGUGUACGAGAAGACAUAUGAUGCUAAAACAGGAAGGGGCAUGCCUGAACUUUAAGUAAGGAGAUAGAUAAAUUCAGUACCUUAUCUAAUUAGAUAUUUGCUAUCUCAAUGAGCAUGGUAUGGUAUGAAUUUUGUCGCAUCAUGAAUCGGUUAAAUAAAUCUCAUUCAGAUUUAUGUGGGAGUUACCAAUCACUUGUUCUUUUACUUAUAACAUCAAUAGUAGCUAGCAAAAUAUUGAUAUUUUUUGUCGUCUCUUAUCAAUUUAUCCUAGCUUCCUAGGUAGUGAUGGUCAUUUAACUCUCUGAACUUGUAAAUUAUUAAAAUGAGCAAGAAAACUCGAUUUUAUUAUGCUUA